CCGCCGCGGGCGGGGCCUGCGCGCUCCGGCCAAUCAGCAGAGCGCGGGGCGCGGCCGGCAGCGCGGGGAAGAUGGCGGAGGGCGGCGCGGGGAAGCGGCCCCGGGGCGCGCAGGUUGAGGACAGGAAGGUGGACUGGCGGCGCUGGAAGCAGGAGAGGAAAGCAGAGACGAAGAAAUGGAAGGAGAUGAAGCUGCUGAAGAAACUGGACAAACAGCGGAUGCGAGAGCUGGCAGAACAGCAAGCCCAGACGCAGGAGGAGCAGAAGGAAGACAGAGGCCAGCAGCACACGCUGAGCGUGGCCCUGCCCGGCUCCAUCCUGAACAACGCGCAGUCGCCGGCGCUGCGCUCGUACCUGGCCGGGCAGAUCGCGCGCGCCUGCGCCAUCUUCCGCGUGCACGAGGUCGUGGUGUUCGACGAGCACGGCGAGGACGUGAGGAGCGUGGAAGGGGAUUUUGAAGGAGUUGGGAAGAAAGGCAAGGCUUGUGUGCAGCUGGCUCGGAUCCUGCAGUACUUGGAGUGCCCUCAGUACUUGAGGAAAUCCUUUUUUCCGAAACACGAGGAUCUGCAGUUUGCAGGGCUGCUGAACCCCCUGGACAGCCCCCACCACAUGCGCAUGGACGAGGACUCGGAGUACCGGGAGGGCGUCGUGCUGGACCGGCCCUCGAAGCCAGGCAGAGGCUCUUUUGUUAACUGUGGGAUGAGGAAGGAGGUGCAGAUUGACAAACAGCUGAACCCUGGUCUGCGAGUCACUGUGCGCCUGCAGGAGCCCCAGAAUCCAGAAGCCAAAGUGCGGAAGGGCACCGUGGUGUCCUCGCACCACCCCUGGACAGUCUCGGGCUUGUACUGGGGUUACAGCGUCCGCCUGGCCUCCUGCUUGAGUGCUGUCUUUUCCGAGUGCCCAUUCAAGGAAGGUUAUGAUCUCUCUAUUGGGACCUCAGAGCGGGGCAGCUCCGUGGACCAGGUCACUCUGCCCUCCUUCAGGCAUGCCCUUGUUGUAUUUGGAGGCCUUGAGGGCUUGGAAGCUGGGGUUGAUGUGGACCCAAACCUGGAGGUCACCGACCCAAGCGUCUUGUUUGACUUCUACCUGAACACGUGUCCCAGCCAAGGCAGCAGAACCAUCCGGACAGAGGAAGCGCUGCUGAUCUCUCUGUCUGCGUUGAGACCACACAUUGAGGAGGCUGUGAAGACACCCAAAGACAGCUGAGGGAAGGGAAACCACUGACCUUGCCCGUGGGGAGGCAGCUCUUCAAAUGUGCUGGGCAAGUACUCCAGGAGCUUGGAGGGACAAAGGCUGGAGUGACUGGAGCUGGCAGCACUGCCCAGCUGUGGGGACCCAGGUCAAAGAGUGACACUCCUGUGAACACAGUGGUCUCACACAUAAGCAGUUGCAGGCACAUGUCAAUGACACAGGUUAUACUGGUGUCACCCAGUUCAGCUGCCCUUUUUUCCUUACAUGUACUCCCUUGGCCCUCGGAUCUGCCCCUUUCCCCCUUUUAAAACCCUGUGUCCUCAGCCCCAUUUGGUGUUUGUGCCUGGGCCCUCUUCAAUGCAAUAAACUGCAUUUCGAGCUCUA